AUGUCUUCCGGCCGCACAAGCACAGGGCCCAACGGGGGCCCUGUGCCUGGGACUGCUCGACUGCCAGGUCAGGCGCGCGCGGGGGGGGGGGGGAGGCAGGCGGGGAGAAGCAGGCGCCAUGGACUCUGGGCGGACAGUGUGGCAAUGGCAGCUGCGAGGGGCGAGGCGGGGAGGCUGGAGGUGAUCACGCCAUCGAAGGCCGAUGAAACAACCGACCGCGACCUGGGAGGGCGAGGCCCGCCCCAGACUUCAGAAGGCGCAGUGGGAUGUGAUGGCUGUCGUUGGCUGGCCGUCGUGAACUGGUUCGUCUGCGGCGUCACAGACGCUGGCGUGUCGCCGAGCCACGUGGGGCGUCUGCAGCAGGACGCUUUUCUUGCCCGAACGCGCGGUAGAGAGGGAAGUGCUGCAUGACCUUGGGUGGCGGACU